AUGGAGGAGGUAAACGAUCGCGAUAUUAAUAAUGACGGUCACGAUUGUGUUUAUAUUACCUAUUCAUACGUGAUAAAUGCAGAUAGCCGUACGACGAAAUUACGCGUAGUGUUUGAUGCAUCCAGCAAAACCGAAACGGGCAUAUCGCUAAACGACGUUUUAAUGAAGGGCCCAGUUAUACAAGAAGAAUUAAUCAAAAUUAUCGCGCGCUUCAGAACGCAUAAAUAUGCAUUUUCGGGCGAUGUUACAAAAAUGUACCGUCAAAUCUGGGUUGACAAAGCACAUCGUAAUUAUCAACGAAUAUUGUGGCGACCAAACGAAAAUGAAAAGAUUACAAUUUAUCGUUUGUGUACAGUUACAUAUGGUACGGUAUUGGCGAGCUACCAAGCUAUAAAAUGUUUAUCAUCGUUAUCGGAAGAAACAAAUAAUGAGGCAUUAUCAAAUAUAAUAAAAUAUGAUUUUUGCGUUGACGACUGUCUAACGGGGGGUUUUACUAUACAAGAAACCGUUCGGCUACGUAAUGAUUUAAUUUUCACAUUAAGCAAAGGAGGAUUUACUAUGGCGAAAUGGACGGCAAACAACAAUGAAUUAAUAAAAAACAUCCCCAACGCUGACUCAAGUGCAUUCACAUCGUUAGAUUUAGGCGAGGAUGCUGUAAAAACGGUCGGAUUAUUUUGGGAAACACAAACCGACAAUUUAUCGUAUAAAAUAAAACUAUCCGAAAUCGAAGCAUGCACAAAACGUGAAAUAUUGUCACAUAUUGCCAGUUUAUUCGACCCAAUGGGACUUGUGGGACCAGUCAUUGUCGUCGCAAAAAUAAUUAUGCAGUCAUUAUGGUUGGAAAAGGUUGGAUGGGACGAACGUUUAUCUAAAGAAGUCUGCGAAAAAUUAUGUUAA